AUGUCUGGUGUCAUUUUUCUCCUCGUCCUCGCGAUCCAGGCUGUGACGGCUCAGCAAGUACUAGUCGGCACGAAGAUGAAAACAGAUGGAACACCACCAUUGUGGUCCGAAAUAGACACCUCAUUGGCAAUUCGUCUGGUUGGAGGAGGAAGCUCGUGUCAAGGCAGGGUGGAGGUCCUCUAUAAUGGCUCCUGGGGCACGGUCUGCGAUGAUUACUGGAGCAUCAAUGAUGCCCAGGUCGUCUGCCGCAUGGUCGGCUGUGGAGUUGCUCUUUGCCCAUCAAAUGCCCACUUUGGUCAGGGCAAUGGCACCAUCUGGCUGGAUGAUGUGACAUGCAAUGGAUCCGAGUCUCUAGGAAAUUGUCCUCACCUGCCAUGGGGGCAACACAACUGUGUUCAUGGUGAAGAUGCUGGUGUCAUUGCAGUGCUCAAGCAAGCUCAUCACCACUACAAGGCAGCCAACAUCUCAACAAUUGAAUCGGCGAUUCGCCUGGUUGGAGGAGUUGGCCCAUGUCAAGGCAGAGUGGAGGUCCUCUAUUCUGGGUCCUGGGGCACGGUCUGUGAUGAUGGCUGGAACAUCAAUGAUGCCCAGGUCGUCUGCCGAAAGCUUGGCUGUGGAACUGCUCUUUCUGCCCAAUCAAAUGCCUACUUUGGUCAGGGCAAUGGCACCAUCUGGAUGGAUGAUGUGACAUGCAAUGGGUCGGAGUCCUCUUUAGGAAAUUGUCCUCACCUGCCAUGGGGGCAACACAACUGUGUUCAUGGUGAAGAUGCUGGUGUCAUUUGCAGUGGUCCAGAAUCAGCUAUUCGCCUGGUUGGAGGAACAGGCCCAUGUCAAGGCAGAGUGGAGGUCCUCUAUGCUGGUUCCUGGGGCACGGUCUGUGAUGAUUACUGGGACAUCAAUGAUGCCCAGGUCGUCUGCCGAAAGGUCGGCUGUGGAGCUGCUCUUUCUGCCCCAUCAAAUGCCUACUUUGGUCAGGGCAUUGGCACCAUCUUGUUGGAUGAUGUAACAUGCAAUGGAUCCGAGUCCUCUUUAGGAAAUUGUCCUCAUCUGCCAUGGGGGCAACACAACUGCGUUCAUGCUGAAGAUGCUGGUGUCAUUUGCAGUGAGACAGCUAUUCGCCUGGUUGGAGGAGGAAGCCCAUGUCAAGGCAGGGUGGAGGUCCUCUAUGCUGGCUCCUGGGGCACGGUCUGUGAUGAUUUCUGGAACAUCAAUGAUGCCCAGGUUGUCUGCCGAAUGGUCGGCUGUGGAGUUGCUCUUUCUGCCCAAUCAAAUGCCUACUUUGGUCAGGGCAUUGGUGCCAUCUUGUUGGAUGAUGUGACAUGCAAUGGAUCCGAGUCCUCUAUAGGAAAUUGUCCUCAUCUGCCAUGGGGGCAACACAACUGCGUUCAUGCUGAAGAUGCUGGUGUCAUUUGUAGUGAAUCGGCGAUUCGCCUGGUUGGAGGAGGAGGCCCAUGUCAAGGCAGAGUGGAGGUCCUUUAUGCUGGCUCCUGGGGCACGGUCUGCGAUGAUUACUGGGACAUCAAUGAUGCCCUGGUUGUCUGCCGAAAGGUCGGCUGUGGAGCUCCAAUUUCUGCCCAAUCAAAUGCCUACUUUGGUCAAGGCAUUGGCACUAUCUGGCUGGAUGAUGUCAGAUGCAAUGGUUCUGAAUCCUUUCUGGCAUCAUGUUCUCAUCGCCCAUGGGGACAGCAUGACUGUAGCCACAGUGAAGAUGCUAGCGUCAUUUGCAGCGAGACGGCCAUUCGCCUGCUUGGAGGAGUAGGCCCAUGUCAAGGCAGAGUGGAGGUCCUUUAUGCUGGCUCCUGGGGAACGGUUUGUGAUGAUUACUGGAACAUCAAUGAUGCCCAGGUUGUCUGCCGAAAGGUCGGCUGUGGAGCUGCUCUUUCUGCCCAAUCAAAUGCCUACUUUGGUCAGGGCAUUGGAACCAUCUUGUUGGAUGAUGUGACAUGCAAUGGAUCUGAGGCCUCUUUAGGAAAUUGUCCUCACCUGCCAUGGGGGCAACACAACUGUGUUCAUGGUGAAGAUGCUGGUGUCAUUUGCAGUGCAUGUGAUUUUAUAUCUGAACCUUUUGACUUUCAACAAUCGCUCCCAGAAUCAGCAAUUCGCCUGGUUGGAGGAAGAAACCCAUGUCAAGGCAGGGUGGAGGUCCUCUAUGCUGGCUCCUGGGGCACGGUCUGUGACGAUUACUGGAGCAUCAAUGAUGCCCAGGUUGUCUGCCGAAAGGUCGGCUGUGGAGCUGCUCUUUCUGCUCAAUCGAAUGCCUACUUUGGUCAGGGCAUUGGCACCAUCUUGUUGGAUGAUGUGACAUGCAAUGGAUCCGAGUCCUCUUUAGGAAAUUGUCCUCAUCUGCCAUGGGGGCAACACAACUGCGUUCAUGGUGAAGAUGCUGGUGUCGUUUGCAGUGCUGACUUUAUGAAUGCCUUGUUUGUCUUUUUACACAUGAACCUACUUGUUCAGAACUGCUAA